AUGAGUCCUCCCCCCGCAUCGCCGACGGAGAAGGAGUUCUCCAGCCCCUGUACACGGUACUCUAACGCAUCUUCAUCAUCCACUUUUCGUUCCAGCACAACUCUAAACUCACUGCGACAAGUAGCGAACAGCUUCGGACUGUUGCUACCAAGAAAAAAGCCAGCAGAUGUAGAACAGCAGGCGAAGCCUGAGUCUCCCCUUGGCGAGGACGAAGAUGGUGAAAACGAAGAUGGGCCUAUCUUCUCACCCGGUGGGUCAGGGCCAUAUCCAACCAAAGUACGAACACUCGAAAAAUGUCCGAACGGCUACGCACGACUUGCAGCCUACAAUUCAAGUGAACAAAACUUCAUGCUCUACCGCGGCUUCAGCAACGUCCACGCACGUCUCCUCUUAAGCCUCCAAUGCAGCAUUCAGAUGCUCGAAGCCGAGCUAGACAACAUUGACCGCUUCCACGACACCCUUCCCGAGGCCUACAAGAAGCGCCUGCGAUCCUGGGAUCUCGACGUCGCAGCCUGCAAACAAGAGAAAGAAGAAGCAAAGGAAGAAGGAGACGAAGACGAAACUCGGACGCGAGAAGACAUUCUAGAGGAACUAAGAAUCAAAGUGAACCAAUACGACGAGCUACUGAUCAAAGCAAGAGAGCUCGUCUCUUUCCAACGACCAACCGAACGUGAUUACCGAAGCGUGAGGAACUGGUUCCACAAUAUUGCGCCCCUCGUAGACGAGGAGCAAGACUACAUACUCUGGAAAGAGGAUAUCGUGACGCUCAGACAUGGGAGGGAGUGGGCGGGUUUCGACGGUAUGGUCGAAGCGAUGUUGCAUAAGAUGGAUGGCCCACUUGUUCAAUGGCUCUUCCGGACCGAGGAUCAGAGGCGUAAAUCCACGGAUGAGCGGAAUUACUACUUUGCUCCUUCGAGGGUGUCGACGCUGGUCAAUCUCUUCAUUACUAUUGCGCUUUUCUUGCUACUGGUAGCUCCGGUGCUGGCGAUGUAUCGUCUCUCGACUAUCAAGACGACGGAAUGCGUAUUUGCGGCUAUUGGUAUUUUGAUGGUUUUCACGCUGCUCUAUGUCGCUGCUCACAAAGGCGAAGAGGCAUGA